AUGACGAACAAUAGGCACGUGACCCAUCCGGUAACCAGAGAUCUACCUCACUCUGUGCGCGAGCUGUUCUGGUCGUGGGCACCUCGCGCUGCGCGCGAGGUGUCUCUCUUCAGAGGGGACGUCUCCUCCGAAGGCGAGGACGAGGCCAUCACGGCUUUGAAAACGUCGAGCGAUGCCGAAAACGAGGUCGAUGACCUCCCACGAAACAAUAAGUACUGGGCAAUCAUCACUACAGGCGCUGGCCUUUUCUCCGAUGGGUAUAUCAAUAACUCCAUCGGAACUACCUCGCUGUGUCUGUCGAUGAUAUAUGGAAAACAGUACACGGCGUCCAAUGCGCUGAAAAACGUGUCAUCGAUCGCUUUCGUCGGCACCGUGGUCGGUCAGCUCUCGUUCGGAUACCUGUCGGACUACCAUUCGCGGCGCAUGGCCAUGCUCGUGGGCACGCUCAUUCUGAUCGUGUUUUCGAUUCUCUGCGCGGGCGCCUGGGGCGUGAACACGACCGGUACCAACGCCGGCGGCCUAUUCGCCGCGAUCACGGCGUACCGUUUCUUUCUGGGGGUCGGAAUAGGCUCCGAGUACCCUGCGGGGUCGACCGCGGCCGCCGAGGCGUCCAACACGCUGCCAGCGGGCCGCCGGAACCGGUGGUUCUGCUGGUUCACCAAUUUUAUGAUCGACACUGGGUUUGUGGUGAGUUCUGUCGUUCCGCUCGUCAUGCUGCGCAUCUGCGGCGAAAAGCACCUGCAGCCGGUGUGGCGUGUGACUCUGGGGCUCGGCGCCAUCCCUCCGAUUUCCCUGUUUUUCCUCCGUUUGAAAUACAAGGAAGGUAAGCGGUACGUGCAGUCCAGAUUCAACCACGCCAUGCCCUACUGGCGUAUCAUCAAAUUCUACUGGUUCAGACUCACUAUCGUCAGUAUCAUCUGGUUCAUCUACGAUUUUUCCUCCUAUUCGUUCGGCACUUACUCCUCGAUCAUUCUCGACACCGUCCUCGGCGACGACGCGUCUUUGACCAAGUCUUUUGGCUGGAAUAUCGUGUUCAACCUCUUCUACAUUCCUGGCGCCUUUUUGGGCGCCAUCUUCGCCGACUACUGGGGUCCCAGAAACACUCUAGUGGUCGGUGUGACCUUGCAAGCCGUUCUCGGUUUCAUCAUGGCCGGCUGUCUCGAACACUUGAGAAAACACAUCGGCGGUUUCGUGGUGGUUUUUGGGAUUUUCAGUACCCUCGGGGAAUUCGGUCCUGGCGACAACAUCGGCUGUUUGGCGUCCAAGACUUCUGCUACUCCCGUCAGAGGCCAUUACUACGGUAUCGCCGCUGCUGUGGGUAAAAUCGGGGCUUUUGUCGGCACUUACGUGUUCCCGAUUAUUAUGAAGAGAGCAGGCGGUGAAGACACUACACCUGGAUUGCAGGCUCCUUUUUGGGUUUCGGCCUCUCUAUGUCUUUUCGCUGCGUUCUUGGCGCUUUUCUUCCUGCCACCAGUCGACCAAGAGUCUAACAACCUUGAAGAUGAACUUUUCAUCGAGUACCUCGAGAGUACGGGUUACGACACAUCUCUCAUGGGCACUUCGCGGAACGGUCACCAACCAGAAGCUGGCAAAGUGACGUCCGCUGCCACUGAAUCUUUGUCCAGUAAAGAAGUCAAGGAUCAAACAAUCAUCAACUGA